UAUCCCCGCCUCCUCCUAUACCGGCUCUUCGCGGCUGCUUGUUCCUGCUUUUUCAUCUCAGGCAGAGCCGGCCUGUACUGCUGCCCGCAUUCCUUCUUCUUAGGCCUACGGAUCGCCCAGGUACAGCCACGGUAAGAACGCAGAGGCAGCGAGUGGCGGAGACUGGAGGACCCAGCAGUCCUUACAAAUAUAUCAUCAUGGCAGCAGAUUCUAUGGAAAUUGAUGAUGCUCUUUACAGUCGGCAAAGAUACGUUCUUGGAGACACUGCGAUGCAGAAGAUGGCUCAGUCUCAUGUGUUCCUAAGUGGAAUGGGUGGGCUUGGGGUAGAAAUUGCUAAAAACAUAGUUCUGGCAGGAAUAAAGGCUCUCACAAUUCAUGAUACCAAGCUGUGCCGGAUAUGGGAUUUAGGAACAAACUUUUUUGUUCAUGAAGAUGAUAUUCUGAAUCUAAGGAACAGAGCUGAGGCAACACUUCAUCACAUUGUGGAGCUGAACCCACAUGUCCAGGUGAUUUCAUCAGUUGCUCCACUAAAUGAGUUUACAGACCUCUCCUUUCUCUCACAGUACCAGUGUGUCAUAGUAACUGAAAUGAAACUGUCACUGCAAAAGAAGAUAAAUGAUUUUUGCCAUUCACAACACCCACCAAUUAAGUUUAUAAGUGCUGAUGUAUAUGGGAUAUGGGCACGUCUGUUUUGUGAUUUUGGUGAUGAAUUUGAAGUUCUGGACACCACAGGAGAGGAACCAAAGGAAAUCUUUAUUUCUAAUAUAUCUCAGUCUAAUCCUGGUAUUGUCACUUGCCUUGAUAAUAAUCCUCAUAAGCUCGAAACGGGACAGUAUGUAACUUUCCGGGAAAUCAAUGGAAUGUCAUACUUAAAUGGAUCCAUGCAUCAGAUAACUGUGAUAUCACCAUAUUCUUUCAGCAUUGGGAAUACUGCAGAUAUGGAGCCUUACUUACAUGGUGGAAUAGCUGUUCAGAUUAAGACACCGAAAAUAUUUCAUUUUGAACAGCUGGGGAAGCAGUUGAUUAACCCAACAUGCCUUGUUGCAGACUUCAGCAAAACUGAGGCACCCCUGCAGAUCCAUAUUGCUAUGCUUGCCUUGAAUCAGUUUCAGGAAGAUUUUAUUCGUAUGCCAAACAUUGGGUGCUUUCAAGAUGCUGAGGAGAUGCUGAAGAUAGCACUAUCCAUAAGCAAAACUUUGGAAGGCAAACCUCAAGUUAAUGAAGAUAUUGUGAAAUGGAUAUCCAGGACAGCUCAGGGCUCUUUAGCACCUCUCACAGCAGCACUCGGGGGUGUUGCCAGUCAAGAAGUCUUGAAAGCAGUAACAGGAAAAUUUUCUCCCCUGCAACAGUGGUUGUAUAUUGAUGCAUUAGAAUUGGUCACAUUUCUAGAAAAUGCAAGUGAUGAAGAAUUCCUUCCAAGGGGAGAUAGAUAUGAUGCCUUGAGGGCCUGCAUUGGAGACACUUUGUGUCAGAAGCUGCAGAAUCUGAAUGUUUUCUUGGUGGGUUGUGGUGCAAUAGGCUGUGAGAUGUUAAAAAAUUUUGCACUCCUUGGUGUUGGUACUGGUCAAGAAAGGAGUAUGGUUACAAUUACAGAUCCUGACUUAAUAGAAAAAUCAAACUUAAAUAGGCAGUUUCUCUUCCGGCCACGUCACAUACAGAAGCCCAAAAGCUGUACUGCAGCAGAGGCAACACUUAGCAUCAACCCUCAGAUGAGAGUAGAGCCACAUCUUAAUAAAGUGUGCCCAGCUACUGAGAACAUAUACAAUGAUGAUUUCUAUACCAAGCAAGAUGUAGUUGUAACUGCAUUAGACAAUGUGGAAGCAAGGAGAUAUAUUGAUAGUCGCUGCCUAGCAAGCCUGCGACCUCUCUUAGACUCUGGAACCAUGGGAACAAAAGGGCAUACUGAAGUAAUUGUGCCUCAUCUAACAGAAUCAUACAAUAGUCAUCGAGAUCCGCCAGAAGAAGAAAUACCAUUUUGUACAUUAAAAUCUUUUCCAGCUGCCACUGAACACACAAUUCAGUGGGCAAGAGACAAGUUUGAAAGUGCUUUUUCACACAAGCCUUCCCUAUUUAACAAGUUUUGGCAAACCUAUCCAUCAGCGGAAGAGGUGUUACAGAGAAUAAAAUCUGGGGAGAGUUUGGAAGGAUCAUUCCAAGUGAUUAAGUGCCUCAGUAGAAGACCAAGAACCUGGACACAAUGUGUUGAAUUAGGAAGAUUGAAAUUUGAGAAAUACUUUAAUCAUAAGGCCCUUCAGUUACUUCAUUCAUUUCCCAUUGAUACACGAUUAAAAGAUGGUAGUUUGUUUUGGCAGUCACCAAAGAGGCCACCUUUUCCAAUACAAUUUGACUUCAAUGAUCCACUGCACUACAGCUUCAUACUGAGUACAGCAAAACUAUUUGCAGUUGUUUACUGUGUCCCUUUUACAGAAAAGGAUAUGGCAGAAGAAAAUAUUUGGAAGAUAAUUUCUGAUUUGAAGGUUCAAGAGUUUCAACCUUCUAACAAAGUUGUACAAACAGACGAAACAGUGAGGAAACCAGAUCCUAUUCCAGUAAGCAGCGAGGAUGAGAGGAAUGCUGUUCUUCAGUUGGAGACUGCCAUAUUGGCUAAUGCAGCUACAAAAGAUGACUUACAAAUGAAGGAACUUACUUUUGAAAAGGAUGAUGACAGUAAUGGGCACAUAGACUUCAUAACAGCAGCUUCCAAUUUGCGAGCCAAAAUGUAUAAUAUUGAACCAGCAGACAGACUCAAAACAAAACGGAUUGCUGGAAAAAUUAUCCCUGCCAUUGCAACUUCUACAGCAGCUGUCUCUGGUUUGGUUGCUUUGGAAUUGAUCAAAGUAGUUGGUGGCUACCCUUUCCAAGCAUAUAAGAACUGCUUUUUCAACCUGGCUAUACCAAUAAUUGUCUUCACACAAACAACUGAAGUAAGAAAAACAAAAAUAAGAAAUGGGAUAUCUUUUACAAUCUGGGAUAGAUGGACUGUUUAUGGGAAGGAUGAUUUCACACUUUUGGACUUCAUAAAUGCUGUCAAAGAAAAAUACGGAAUUGAGCCAACUAUGGUGGUUCAGGGAGUGAAAAUGCUAUAUGUUCCUGUGAUGCCUGGACAUGUCAAAAGACUAAAGCUGACGAUGCAAAAACUUGUGAAACCAACAGCAAAUAAGAAAUAUGUCGACCUCACUGUAUCAUUUGCUCCAGAAACAGAUGGUGAAGAAGACUUGCCAGGACCACCUGUUAGAUAUUAUUUUGCCCAUGAAAAUGAUACAGGUUUACUGUAGAGGACCACAGGAAAGGAGAGUAACACCAUCCUGGGGUGGAAAGGGAAUGGUACUAUAUACUUGGUGAAGCCUUAAUUCAGAAAUAGGGGAAGUCAGUGACCUGUUCUAAGAAGCUCUUUAGCAAAGUGGAUUUGUAAUUUAUAUAUCUAGCAUUUUCAUAGCUAUCUGUAUCUAAGGAGAACUUGAAGCUUGCUUGAAAGUAUGGUUCAUUUUGAAGAAAACACACUUAUGUUAACCUCUGUGGGAAGACCAGAAUGACAGACUGAAAAUCUGUGUAGUAGAAAAGGUGACAGUCAAGAUUUGGAAAAAUUGCCAAUGUCAGCGUUAUCAAACUUUUUUUUUUCCUUUGCUUUUCCCCCUGCCCCACUGCAUGUUAGCCCAAGUCUAGUUGAAUGAUGUUUUACUGCAAUAAUUGUUUGUUCUCUUCUGGAGCAGAUUAAAUGUUACUUUAGAAGACAUUCACAGUGAGAGGAAGCCAACUUAUAAAGCUAUAAUUUUUGUUUUUCUAAUAAGUUUUUCUGUUACCUCACCAACCACACCAUGUAAAGCAAAUGCAGAUUGUACUGUAGGCAUUUUCAUCUAAGAGCUUGGGUUUUCAUAGCUGCUUUUUCAUACUGCUUUAAAGAAGUUGGAUGAUUGUUCCUGUGUGGGAAGAGACUGAUUAAUACCUGGGUCCUAACUGGAAAUACAAGUGUCUUGGUUUUGGAUAAAAUGUGUAAAUUGUCAUCUCUUUCCCUCAGAUAUGUCAACUGCCACAUUUUCAUUUGUCAAGUUGAAGCUUAUAUUUGGUUGACAUUAUAUGACCUAUUCAGGGCCAAAAUACACACUUAGCUUGGAGAGCAUUUUUAAACCUUGAUUUGUCCCAGUCACAUAGAAAGCAGUGGAUUUGGCCAUAUUUUAACAGCAAAAGAGGAAUAUAGCUGAACCAGCCUGCCCACCAUUUUCAUUCCUGCAGACCCCAACCCUGCUGUGGGGAAAUAAGCCUCAGGUGGGAAAAGUGUUUAGCACCUUUUGCUCACAUCUCCUUCAUUAAAAUUGGACACAUGGCCCAUUCUUUUAUAAUUAGGGCAGUUCCAGAUGUAAACACUCUGUUUUACAUUACUGAACUUUAUCAUCAGUGCUGUUGCAUUGCCACCAGUGUUAUUUAGUUGUGCAUAAGGCCCCUGGUAAAAUCCAGAUAUUGAAGGUUUCAUGUACAUCAGCCUAGUUCACAUGAUCACCAUAGAACAGUUGCUUGUUUAAACCGCAGUAUACACUGAACACUAUAUGUGUAUAUGCAGACACACAUACACACACGUGUGUGUAUACACCAUGAACCUGGCACAGCUUGUUAUAUGAUCCAUACUUGGGUGGAAUGGCUUGUUGCAUAGCAAAAUGAACUUCAAAUAUUCCAUUACCAUUCUGUGGGUUAUUUGAGGGAUGUUUUCCCUGCCUGACAAGUCAUGCUGCCCAUAUUCAGAUGACAGGCCAGGUUGUGGCUGGGUGGGUGAUUAGGUAAUGAUGCUCAGCACAUACUAUGACUUAAGCAAGUCACUGGCACUUGUUUUAAUUCAUGGUUAUUGUGUGAAUAAGCCCACUGUGACUAUAGCCAGACAUGGUCCUCAAUAUGCUUGAAGAACAUGCUCAACUCUGUUAGGCUGUAUUUUCUUGUUUCUGUACUGACUCUUUUAAAACUCAGUUUAAAAGUUUCUUUUAAAAGCUUCUUCAUACAAAUAUGUUUACACUAUAAUGAGUCCAAUUACAGAACAGUUUACAGAUAUUUCAAUUUAAGUAGUCCAAUAUAGAUUUACUAGGAAGGGAGAAAUAAUUUUGGUUGUAGUUGUUUGAUAUGAAACAGUGCCUUACAGAAGCAUCUUUGGCACAUUUUUGCUUCCUUAUGCAUGUAGCUUUAGCCUACUUCUCUUGCCUCUCCCCCACCAGAGAAAAAUUAAGGUGCAUGUUUAACUCUUUAAAAAAAAUAUCAUGGCUUCACUCUAUAUUCCUAAGUACUUUGUCACAAAAGAUUUUGUUAUAUUAAUAUAUUUCUUAAACUUUGUGUUUUUAUGCAGUUAUGACAUAUAAGUUGCCAAUGUUUCCUUUUCUGUAGGUACUUGAAUACCAAAGAUGUACUUACCCUUAUCAAAAUUAUUCCAUAAUUUAGGAAUGUAGUAAUUCUUUCUAAGUGAUGUAUCUGCUACCAUUUCCAAUUUGUUAUAUUUUAAUGGAAUUAAUUUUGAUAAUUUGCUAGUUAAUUUUUUAAGCAAUGAGAGAGCAUAGAUACUGUGACAGCAGGAGGUAGAGGGACACUGAAGAUGUUACUAUUCUGGCAUAUAUAGCAAAUCACUAUUUUGCCUGAGAUUUGCUUAUCUUUGUGUUUUAAAUAGUUUUUUCAUAAAGCAAACUAUAGUGAGCUUAAAAUAGUUUAGAUGCUUGCUGGGUAGUAAUAAAACAAGGGUUACUGUCAUGAAUAUCCCAUGAGAGGUAAUUAUUAAAAAAAAAACCAAUCUGGGUGUGAUCAUGCUAGCAUUUUUUCUCCUUCACAAUUACUAAUCAGCAUUCAAGAGUAGCAACGAGACAGUCUUUGCAUUUGCAAAACUGCAUUUGAUGUCAUACAUCAGUGGGCUUGAAACUGAAGAACCUUUCCCAGCAAGUCUUCCUUGCAGACAUUAUUGUAUAGAAACAUUCAGAAUAGUGGACAGAACCAACACAAAAAUCUGCCUACCUGUUAUAUAUAGUCUUAUCUUGAGGAUUAUUCUGCUCACAGAGGUAAUCUCAAAGAGUGUUUUCAGUUUAAAGAUAAAAAUAAGGAUUCUGUAUACUUCCACAGUUUGCAUUAUCUCUGAAUUUAUUUCAGUACUUUUUGAAGGAGUGAUUUUUAUUUGUGUAAAGAAUAUGAUGUAUAGUCUAAGCAGUUACCGAAAUCUGCUUUUUGUCUUUCAUAUUAAAAAUGUGAAAACAUACCACCAAAA